UAAUUUAGUCGUACUUAUCCUGGACUGAUUUCUACGACUGAGCUAAUAAAAUGAGGCGCAUACUGUACGAUUGGCAAAAUUAUGUCAACAGAGAAGAAAUUAGUCGAAGCUUCGGGGCAUAUUCAGCAAGCUGAAAAGUGUCUGAAGACAUCAUUCCUGAAGUGGAAUCCAGAUUUAGAUGGAGCAGCAUCAGAGUUUAUAAAAGCAGCAACAUGUUAUAAGAAUGCAAGAGCUCUUCCAGAAGCUAGAGGUGCUUACCUGAAAGCAGCUGAAAUGCAAGAAAGAAUGAAAUCACCAUUCCAUGCGGCAAAGUCAUAUGAACAGGCUGGGCUUAUCAGUAAGGAGAACAAGGAGUUAGAUCUUGCUGUACAGUACAUGGAACAGGCAUCACACAUGUUCCAGGAGCAUGGUACGCCAGACACUGCUGCUCUAUGUCUAGAGAAAGCAGCCAAAAUGGUUGAACAGAGCAAGCCAGGUAGAGCAGUAGAGCUUUACAAGAAGGCAUCUGAUGUAGCUGAUAUAGAGGACCGUCCUAGGCAGAGUGCAGAAAAUAUUGGUAAAGCAGCUCGACUUCUUGUAAAGUUAGAAAGGUAUGAAGAGGCAAUAGCAUGUUUAAGCAAGGAGAUAGCAUUCUAUGCCGCUGCUGAGAACUAUGCAAUGAUAAAUAAACUUGUGUUAGCUGUUGUACUCAUAAAACUAACACUAGGUGACUAUGUGGCAGCCGACCAGUUCUACAGAUCUUCCAUAAGUCAUCCAGGCUUCACAGACAGUGAGGAAUGUGCUGCCAUAGAUGAGUUACUGCAAUCAUAUGAUAAUGGUGAUGAAGAAACUGCUAGAAGAGUUCUCUCUCUUCCCCUCAUCAAAUACAUGGACAAUGCUUUUGCAAAAUUAUCCAAAAGUCUGGUAAUACCUGGUGGAAUGAGGAUAAGCAAACAGGGAGGUGGUGGAGUUACAGAAAUGAUUGACAACUCACAGACUGCAGGGGGCGGAGCUGGGGGAGGAGCUAUACAACUUGAUGAGGAUGAAUUGGAAGGGGGUUUGUGCUGAAGACAUUAAGUACAGUUUUGAGGAAUAGUUUUACAUACUGUAAAGGAAAGGAAAGCUAAACAGCUUUAUUGGAUAGAUAUAACAUUGUCAUAAUUGACAUGAUGUCAUUGUCAUAGUGUUACAGUGAUGUCAUCAUUUUAUUCAUAGCAGGUACUCUAAACAAUGUUAUAAGGAAAUACAGGCAGUUUUUCCCAUCACUUAUAUCUAUCAUUCUAAUAUGCUUUUCUCUGUUAAAACACUCUUAUGCUAGAAUGACGUCACGUUAACGUGCGGUGACGUCAAUGUUUUUGUUGCGACCAAGAAAGAGUGCUACUAAAAAUAUAUUUUAUCUACUGUUUUAUAUUAAGGGCGUGUUAGAAUCAAAAUAAUUCAUACCAAAACCGUGUUUUAACACUAUUGAUACACUCAGGCGGUAAUAUUUCGUACAAAAAAUUUCACGAGGGCUGUGCCCUCGUGAAAUUAUUACGCCCGACAUAUCCGCCCAUCGUGCAUAGAUAGUGUUAAAACACUCUUUUGUUAUAAAUGAUUUCUUAAAUAAAAUAGAUGCCAUGUUUCAUUGUACAAAUUUUAUCUAAAGAAACUAGAAGAAAUUUCUUUAACUGAAGAAGAAAAAAAAGCAAAAAAAUCCAUUACAUGAAAAUAUCAUGAAAAUCACCUUGAAGUACAACAAAAGUACCAAUACCAUUGGAAAUUAAGUUUCUUAUUAUUUGGCGGUAUAAAGAAUAAAAAUGUAAAAAUAGUAAGUAUACAUUCAAUUUUUAUUGCAGUUUUUAAGUAAUAUCAUAAUUGCAGCUGAAUAAGCCAGGAUAGCAUUAUUACAAAAAUAUCAUUUGUUUGCUAGCAAAGUAAUAAAUAUAUGCUGAUCAAUAAUGCUUCUCUAAAAACU